AAGAAACUCGGUACUUGUUAUUUGUAAGUUUUAGCAAGUGUUUCUUACAUAGUCAAAACAGAAAAUAAUACGGAGUACUUUGUAUUUGGAAAGAAACUAAUAAAAUCAAGUAUUUUUAGACGUGGCUCAGCGUCAUACGAGUACGUAGUAAGAAGUAUAUACCUACUAACUUAUUUGGUGUUUCUGGCUCUCCUGCUGUUUCCUCUCCCUCAUCUCUCCCGCAGAAAGGAAAGCCGGGCCCCUACGAUCAAUCGAUCCGCUUCUCGGAUCCCGACCAGUGAUCAAAACAUACCAAAUAUGAAUGAUGCCGAUGUAUCCAAGCAGAUCCAGCAGAUGGUCCGAUUCAUCCGCCAGGAAGCGGAGGAAAAGGCCAAUGAGAUUUCUGUCUCAGCCGAAGAAGAAUUCAACAUUGAGAAGCUGCAACUAGUGGAAGCUGAGAAGAAGAAGAUCAGACAAGAGUUUGAACGCAAAGAGAAGCAAGUUGAUGUCCGGAAAAAAAUUGAGUACUCCAUGCAGCUCAAUGCUUCUCGUAUUAAGGUUCUUCAAGCUCAAGAUGACUUGGUUAACUCUAUGAAAGAUGCUGCAUCAAAGGAGCUUUUGCGUGUCAGCCAUGACCAUCAUAACUACAAGAAACUUCUGCAAGAUCUUAUUGUUCAGAGUUUGCAUAAACUCAAAGAGCCUUCAGUCUUGUUGCGUUGCCGAGAAAGUGAUGUUCACCUGGUAGCUGAUGUCGUGCACUCAGCCAAAGAGGAAUAUGCAGCAAAGGCUGGGGUUCACCAGCCUGAGAUCAUAAUUGAUCAAAUCCACCUUCCUCCUGCUCCCUCCCAUCAUGAUGCACAUGGUCCUUCCUGCGCUGGUGGAGUGGUUUUGGCUUCCAGAGAUGGCAAAAUAGUAUGUGAAAACACUCUUGAUGCAAGAUUGGAGGUUUUGUUUCGUAAAAAGCUCCCUGAG